AUGGGUUCUUACGGUGGAGGAUACGGAGGCGGAGGCGGCGGCGGCGGCGGCUAUGGAGGAGGCGGCCGUAGCGGCGGACGUGGCGGCGGUUAUGGCAGUGGCGGCGGUGGCCGUGAUCGUGGAUUCGGAGGCGGUGGUGGCGGCGGCUAUGGCGGUCGUGAUGGCGGCUUUGGUGGAGGACGCAGCAAUGGCUCAGCCGGUGGCAAGCUUCGUGACGUCGAUUGGAGCCACGAAAAUCUGAAGCCCAUCCAAAAGAACUUCUACCGUGAGCACGCCAGCGUCACUAGGCGCGAACAGCACGAGAUCGAUCAGUGGAUCGCCCAGAACCAAGUGACGCUCCACGGUCGUGAUAUCCCACGUCCGAUUUGGGAAUUCAAUGAGUCGCCCUUCCCCGAUGAGCUGAUCUCGCUGCUCUAUGGAGCCUUCCAAAAGCCGACCAUUAUCCAGUCAAUUUCCUGGCCGAUCGCAAUGAGUGGCCGUGACAUCAUUUCCAUUGCCAAGACAGGAUCCGGCAAAACACUAGCGUUCAUGCUCCCCGGAAUCGUGCAUACGAUGAGCCAAGGACCCCGUCAACACCGUGAGGGCCCAUCCAUUCUAGUCAUGCUGCCUACACGUGAAUUGGCCCAACAAGUUCAAGAUGUCUCAAAGGACUUCUGCCAUGCUCUUGGCUUGAAGAUGACUUGCCUGUUCGGAGGAGCCUCUAAAGGCCCCCAAGCUCGCGACCUUGAGCGAGGUGUCGACAUUGUCGUGGCGACUCCUGGUCGUCUCCUCGACUUCCUGGAGAACGGGACAACAAAUCUGCGUCGAUGCUCUUUCUUAGUGCUUGAUGAAGCCGACCGGAUGUUGGAUAUGGGUUUCGAGCCGCAGAUUCGCAAAAUUGUUUCUCAAAUUCGCCCGGAUCGUCAAACUCUGAUGUUCUCUGCUACUUGGCCAACCGAGGUGCGCACACUCGCCCAGGACUUCCAGAAGGAUGCGGCUUAUUUGAAUGUCGGCUCCCUCGAACUCUCUGCCAACCACAACAUUUCCCAAAUUAUUGAAGUUGUGCCCGAAUUUGAAAAGCAGCAAAAGUUGAUGGGAUUGUUGAACACUAUUAUGGGCCAGUCUGAUUCAAAAACUAUUAUCUUUGUUGAAACAAAGCGGAAAGCUGACGACAUCACGCGCUUUAUGCGUCGCGACGGUUGGCCGGCACUUUGCAUUCACGGCGAUAAGCAACAAGGAGAACGUGAUUGGGUACUGCAAGAAUUCAAAAAUGGCAAGACGCCAAUCCUGAUUGCCACUGACGUGGCCGCUCGUGGGCUAGAUGUCGAUGAUAUCAAGUACGUGAUCAACUACGAUUAUCCGAAUAAUUCUGAGGACUAUGUCCAUAGAAUUGGCCGAACUGGGCGAAGAGAUAAGAAGGGUACCGCGCACACCUAUUUCACACCCCAAAAUGCCCCGAAGGCCCGGGACUUGAUCAAAGUCUUGGAGGAGGCCAAGCAGGUUGUGCCGCCCGAGCUCUAUGAGAUGCAAGGUCGCGGCGGAGGAGGGCAGAGCCGCGGACGGUGGUCCGGAGGCGGUGGAGGACAGAAGCGUGGUUACGGAGGCGGUGGAGGAGAUUUUGCCGCGAAGCGUGGAAGGUUUGACGGUGGUAGCCGAAGUUACGGAGGCGGAGGCGGUGGCGGCGGUGGCCGUUGG